CAUUGUGAUACAGUAUAAGGAACCACUAUGAUCAGGUUUGCUGUACUAAUGUGUCUACUAGUGGUGUUCUUCAGCACCUCAGCCAAGCCACACAGGCCUAAAGAAAUAGUGUUGGGCAAAGCAGCUCAAGAAACUUUUAAAUCUGACGAUUUAAAUGGAAAGAUGAUGCUGGGAAUGAAGGAGGUGGAGCCACCACAAGACAUGGAUAUUGCAGAUUUUGACAUUGACCCCAACAUGUUGAUAUGGAAAGCUGUAAAAGAUAAAAUACACCAAAAAAACAACAGACCUGAGGAAGAUAAAGAUGCUCUCUACCACCCCUUUGACUUAAAGCUUCCAGCUGACUCCAGACAUCCAGAACCUUUCAUUCAGCCACAACGAAACGAACAGGUACAAAUGUAUGACAAACCAGAAGAGGACAGGGAUGAUCUGUACCAUGGCAUAUUUAAUGUAAAUGGUGAUGCUCUUAAAGAGGAUGCUCAAGUAAGUGGAGAUAAAGGCAGGCUGUAUUUAAGCCCUGAGGAAGACAAAGAUGGCCUGUACCAUGCAGAUGUCACAGGACAACAGCCUGACCAGCAGGUUCCACUGAUGGAUAUGUUACCCAUAAAGCCCAAAGUAGUGCACACAGAGCCAGAAAUAGAUAUGGAUGGCCUUUAUCAUCAGUAAACAUUGACAACGCAUUAUAAAGCUGCAACAGUUGUUCUAUUAUGAAUUAGUUCAUGAUGUCAUCGGAAAUGCUAUCUAGUGUUAAAAGAUUAAGUGAUGUGUAAAAUAUCAAAUUAAAUAAAAGAAACAAAGGU